GCUCUGCCACUACACUGGCUGCAGCUCCGGCUGCCUCGUGGCCAGCAUGCUUUAUAUCGACAGGCUGAUCAAGCGCCACCCGAACUUCGUGGUGGUGAGCCCCCUGAGCUGCCACCGCCUGAUGCUCAUCAGCAUAUCCCUAGCCAUCAAGUUCCACGACGACACCUACUACAGCAACGCGUUCUAUGCCAAG